UUCCGGUCCCGGCUCCGGGAGGCGGGGGAGAUGCCGCGGGCACUGAGGGGGCGGCCCGGGGCCGCAUUCCUGCAGCUCGCCGUCGCGGCGCGCACCAUGGCCGGAGCGCCCACGGUCUCGCUCCCUGAACUGCGUUCGCUCCUGGCCUCGGGCCGGGCCCGGCUCAUCGAUGUGAGAUCUCGGGAGGAGGCGGCAGCGGGGACCAUCCCGGGGGCGCUCAACAUCCCGGUGUCUGAGCUGGAAAGUGCCCUGCAAAUGGAGCCCGCCGCUUUCCAGGCUUUGUACUCCGCCGAGAAGCCGAAGCGGGACGAUGAGAAUCUCAUUUUCUUCUGCCAGAUGGGCAAGCGGGGUUUGCAGGCCACGCAGCUGGCCCAGGGCCUUGGAUACACAGGGGCUCGCAACUACGCAGGGGCCUAUAGAGAAUGGUUCCAGAAAGAAGGUUAGGUAGAAGGUGGCUUACUGACGGCCCCCUCUCCCUCCCCACCGCGGCCACCGUAACUGCGGGUGGUGGAGGGUCUGACUCCCCAGCUUGCGCACUGCUUACAGUGCUCUGCGCGCAAAAGCAUCAAAUAAAGACCGUUUACUCGAA